AUGGCCCCAAAACCCCGAUUGGAGGGCAAGGUCGCCAUAGUCACGGGCGGGGCAUCGGGAUUCGGCCGAGGAAUCGCAACGAAGUUUACUGAUGAGGGAGCGAAGGUCAUCAUCGCGGAUCUGUCCGCAGAAGCUGGCCAGCGUGCUGCGAAAGAACUGCAGUGCGAGUUUGCUACCGCGGAUGUGACAAAGUUGGAAGACUGGAAAAAGUUGCUGAAACAAGCCGUCGACUCAUUUGGCCGUCUAGACAUUAUUGUCAACAAUGCUGGAGCUACCUACGCCAACAAGCCCACAGAAGAGGUAACGGAGAAGGACUUCGAUCUCGUCAUGAACGUCAACGUCAAGUCAAUCUACCUGUCUACCAACGCACUGCUCCCUUACUUCCUUGAGAGCAAAAGACCUGGAUGCUUUAUCCAGGUUGCGUCGACGGCAGGAGUCAGACCUCGACCAAACUUGACCUGGUAUAAUGCAUCGAAAGCGGCUACCAUGGCAGUGGAGUAUGGACCAAAGAAUAUCAGGUUUAACUCCGUAGCUCCCGUUGUGGGCUCAACAGGAAUGACCCAUUUGUUUCUGGGAAAACCAGACACCGAGGAGAACCGGAAGGGGUUUGUCUCAGUCAUCCCGAUGGGCAGGGGAUCGACUCCCGAAGACGUGGCAAAUGCCACCUGCUACUUGGCGAGUGAUGAGGCCUCAUUUAUCACGGGUGUUAAUAUUGAAGUCGACGGUGGUCGAUGUGUGUAA